GCGGCGGUGGUGGCGGCGGCGGCGGCAGCAGCAGCAGCAGCAGCAAGAAGAGAAGCAGCUCCAGCUAUGACUGCCGCAUGUUAAUAGCUACCACUUGGGUUCCUGGGCUGCCGCUGGAGACUGAGCCUGACUCCGAAGUUGUGCAACUGUGAACUGGGAGAGACAUUUGAACCCUCCUUUCUCUUUGCUCCGCUUUUGCCCCCUUGGGGUGUGUGAAGAGAGGAAACGUAAAGGACGACAAGCAUUUGGCUUUCCCUCUUCUCUUUCUCCACGGCUGUGUUGCAGAAGAAAGGGAAGAGAGACUUUUGUUGUUGUUUUCUUGACUGGGGUCUCCACCCUCCUGCUGCCUUCUCUGGCUUUAUCAUUUUUUUUUGGCCGCGUGUGGUGGGGGUGUCUUUGCUGGGGCCAGUCCAUCUUUUGCCCCGGGCUCUAUGGCUGGAUUGUGGAAACUGCACCCCGCUGCAGGUUGUUGAGCAACUGAUGGGACGAUCUCAGGGACCGGCGGUUGCAGAAGGAAUGUUUAAUUUGUUAAGUUGGAGGAAAAAACAUGGAUUUUUAGUAAUUGAAGAACAAACUAAGGUUUCAUAUUUGGAAUAUUGGUGUUUCAAUUUUUGAGGAACUUUUCUUUUACUUUUUGAUUUUGUUUUAAUUUUUAAUUAUCAAUCUUGGAGUACAGAAGAGGAACCACAAACACAGUGACUUUGUUUCACGUUUGAAACAUACAUUCUUGAGGAAUUCUCACGCCCAAGCCCACAGCCAUGUGGUCAUCACAGCUACUAACCUUCUUGAUGCUCUUAGCACCAAUAGUUCAUGGUGGCAAGCACAAUGAGAGACAUCCAGCCCUUGCUGCUGCACUGCGACAUGCUGAGCGCAGCCCAGGAGGCGCUCUACCACCCAGACAUCUCCUUCAGCAGCCUUCUGCGGAGCGUGCUACUGCUCAUCGUGGACAAGGGCCUCGUGGAGCUGCCAGAGGAGUUCGUGGUCCAGGUGCCCAAGGAGCACAGAUUGCAGCCCAAGCUUUCAGCAGAGCCCCAAUCCCAAUGGCGGUGGUCCGCAGAGAGCUCUCCUGUGAGAGCUACCCCAUAGAGCUCCGCUGUCCAGGAACAGACGUCAUCAUGAUCGAAAGUGCCAACUACGGGAGGACUGACGACAAAAUCUGUGACUCCGACCCUGCUCAGAUGGAGAAUAUCCGAUGUUAUCUGCCAGAUGCCUAUAAGAUUAUGUCUCAAAGAUGCAAUAACAGAACCCAAUGUGCAGUGGUGGCAGGCCCUGAUGUUUUUCCGGACCCAUGUCCAGGAACCUAUAAAUACCUUGAAGUGCAGUAUGAAUGUGUUCCUUACAUUUUUCUUUGUCCUGGACUACUAAAAGGAGUAUACCAGAGUGAACAUUUGUUUGAGUCUGAUCACCAGUCUGGGGCAUGGUGCAAAGACCCUCUUCAGGCUUCUGACAAGAUUUAUUAUAUGCCCUGGACCCCCUACAGAACUGAUACCUUGACUGAAUAUUCAUCCAAAGAUGACUUCAUUGCUGGAAGGCCAACUACUACCUACAAGCUCCCUCAUAGGGUGGAUGGCACAGGAUUUGUUGUGUAUGAUGGAGCUUUGUUCUUCAAUAAAGAACGCACCAGGAACAUAGUAAAGUUUGAUUUGCGGACUAGGAUAAAGAGUGGAGAGGCUAUCAUAGCGAAUGCCAAUUACCAUGAUACCUCCCCUUACCGAUGGGGAGGCAAAUCUGACAUAGACCUGGCAGUGGAUGAAAAUGGGCUCUGGGUCAUCUAUGCAACAGAACAAAACAAUGGUAAAAUCGUCAUUAGUCAGUUGAACCCUUAUACCCUACGGAUUGAAGGGACAUGGGAUACUGCAUAUGAUAAAAGGUCAGCUUCCAAUGCAUUUAUGAUUUGUGGGAUUCUGUAUGUGGUCAAAUCUGUAUAUGAGGAUGAUGACAAUGAGGCCACCGGGAAUAAGAUUGACUACAUUUACAAUACCGACCAAAGCAAGGAUAGUCUGGUGGAUGUUCCUUUUCCCAAUUCAUAUCAAUACAUAGCAGCUGUGGAUUACAACCCCAGGGACAACCUACUCUAUGUGUGGAAUAACUAUCAUGUAGUGAAAUAUUCCUUGGACUUUGGACCUCUGGAUAGUAGAUCAGGACAAGCACAUCAUGGACAGGUUUCCUAUAUCUCUCCACCAAUUCACCUUGACUCUGAGCUGGAAAGACCCCCUAUUAGAGGAAUCUCUACUACAGGACCUCUGGGCAUUGGAAGCACCACCACAAGUACCACCCUUCGGACUACAACUUGGAGCCUAGGAAAGAGUACCACCCCAUCAGUGUCAGGAAGAAGGAACCGGAGCACCAGCACCCCAUCUCCAGCUGUGGAGGUUCUUGAUGACAUAACCACACACAUACCAUCAGCAUCCUCCCAGGUCCCAGCUUUGGAAGAGAGCUGUGAGGCUGUGGAAGCUCGAGAAAUCAUGUGGUUUAAGACCCGUCAAGGACAAAUAGCAAAGCAGCCAUGCCCUGCAGGAACUAUAGGUGUAUCAACUUACCUAUGCCUUGCUCCUGAUGGAAUUUGGGAUCCCCAAGGACCAGAUCUCAGCAACUGUUCUUCUCCUUGGGUCAAUCAUAUAACACAGAAGUUGAAAUCUGGAGAGACAGCUGCCAAUAUAGCUAGAGAGCUAGCUGAACAGACCAGGAAUCACCUGAAUGCUGGGGACAUUACCUACUCAGUCCGGGCCAUGGACCAGCUGGUAGGCCUCCUGGAUGUCCAGCUCAGGAACUUGACACCAGGUGGAAAGGACAGUGCUGCUCGAAGUUUGAACAAGCUUCAGAAAAGAGAGCGCUCUUGCAGAGCCUAUGUCCAGGCAAUGGUCGAGACAGUUAACAACCUCCUUCAGCCACAAGCUUUGAAUGCUUGGAGAGACCUGACUACAAGUGAUCAACUACGUGCAGCCACCAUGCUGCUUGACACAGUGGAGGAGAGUGCCUUUGUGCUGGCUGAUAACCUUUUGAAGACUGACAUUGUCAGGGAGAACACAGACAAUAUUCAACUAGAAGUUGCAAGGCUGAGCACAGAAGGAAACUUAGAAGACCUAAAAUUUCCAGAAAAUAUGGCCCAUGGAAGCACUAUCCAGCUUUCUGCAAAUACUUUAAAGCAGAACGGCCGCAAUGGAGAGAUCAGAGUGGCCUUUGUCCUUUAUAACAACUUGGGUCCUUAUUUGUCCACGGAGAAUGCCAGUAUGAAGUUGGGUACAGAAGCUAUGUCUACAAAUCAUUCCGUUAUUGUCAAUUCACCUGUUAUUACAGCAGCAAUAAACAAAGAGUUCAGUAAUAAGGUUUAUUUGGCUGAUCCUGUGGUGUUUACUGUUAAACAUAUCAAGCAGUCAGAGGAAAAUUUCAACCCUAACUGUUCAUUUUGGAGCUACUCCAAGCGCACAAUGACAGGUUAUUGGUCAACUCAAGGCUGUCGGCUCCUGACAACAAACAAGACACAUACUACUUGUUCUUGUAACCACCUAACCAAUUUUGCAGUACUUAUGGCACAUGUGGAAGUUAAGCACAGUGAUGCAGUCCAUGACCUUCUUUUGGAUGUGAUUACAUGGGUUGGAAUUUUGCUGUCUCUUGUUUGUCUCCUGAUCUGCAUCUUCACAUUUUGCUUUUUCCGUGGGCUCCAGAGUGACCGUAACACCAUCCACAAGAAUCUCUGCAUCAGCCUUUUUGUAGCAGAGCUGCUCUUCCUCAUUGGAAUCAACCGAACUGACCAACCAAUCGCCUGUGCCGUUUUCGCUGCCCUCUUACAUUUCUUCUUCCUGGCUGCCUUCACCUGGAUGUUCUUGGAGGGCGUGCAGUUGUACAUCAUGCUGGUGGAGGUUUUCGAGAGUGAGCAUUCACGGAGGAAGUACUUCUACUUGGUGGGCUAUGGGAUGCCCGCGCUCAUUGUGGCUGUGUCUGCGGCUGUGGACUACAGGAGUUAUGGGACAGACAAAGUAUGUUGGCUCCGACUUGACACCUACUUCAUUUGGAGUUUUAUAGGACCAGCGACCUUGAUAAUUAUGCUUAAUGUAAUCUUCCUUGGGAUUGCUUUAUAUAAAAUGUUUCAUCAUACUGCUAUACUGAAACCAGAAUCAGGCUGCCUUGAUAACAUCAACUAUGAGGAUAACAGACCCUUCAUCAAGUCAUGGGUUAUAGGUGCAAUAGCUCUUCUCUGCCUGUUAGGAUUGACCUGGGCCUUUGGACUCAUGUAUAUUAAUGAAAGCACAGUCAUCAUGGCGUAUCUCUUCACCAUUUUCAAUUCUCUACAGGGAAUGUUUAUAUUCAUUUUCCAUUGUGUCCUACAGAAGAAGGUACGAAAAGAGUAUGGGAAAUGCCUGCGAACACAUUGUUGUAGUGGCAAAAGUACAGAGAGUUCCAUUGGCUCAGGGAAAACUUCUGGUUCUAGAACUCCUGGACGCUACUCUACAGGCUCACAGAGCCGAAUUCGUAGAAUGUGGAAUGAUACGGUCCGAAAACAGUCAGAGUCGUCAUUUAUUACUGGAGAUAUAAACAGUUCGGCAUCACUCAACAGAGGAGCCAUGGCUAAUCAUCUUAUAAGCAAUGCUCUGCUUCGUCCGCAUGGUACUAACAAUCCCUAUAAUACAUUGCUUGGGGAACCGGCGGUCUGUAACAACCCUUCUGUCAGCAUGUACAACGCACAAGAGGGGCUUCUGAACAAUGCCAGGGAUACAAGUGUCAUGGAUACUCUACCACUGAAUGGUAACCAUGGCAAUAGUUACAGCAUUGCCAGCGGCGAGUACCUGAGCAACUGUGUGCAAAUUAUAGACCGCGGCUAUAACCAUAAUGAGACCGCCCUAGAGAAAAAGAUUCUGAAGGAACUCACUUCCAAUUACAUCCCUUCUUACCUGAACAACCACGAGCGUUCCAGCGAACAGAACAGGAAUCUGAUGAACAAGCUGGUGAAUAACCUCGGCAGUGCAAGUGAAGAUGAUGCCAUUGUCCUCAAUGAUGCCACAUCCUUCAAUCAUGAGGAGAGUCUGGGCCUGGAACUCAUUCAUGAAGAAUCUGAUGCUCCUUUGCUGCCCCCAAGGGUUUACUCCACGGAGAACCACCAGCCACACCACUACAGCAGAAGGCGGAUCCCCCAAGACCACAGUGAGAGCUUUUUCCCUUUGCUAACCAACGAGCACACAGAAGAUCUCCAGUCACCCCACAGGGACUCCCUCUAUACCAGUAUGCCAGCACUGGCUGGUGUGCCCGCCGCAGAGAGCGUUACCACCAGCACCCAGACCGAACCCCCAGCGGCCAAAUGUGGUGAUGCCGAAGAUGUUUACUACAAAAGCAUGCCAAACCUAGGCUCCAGAAACCACGUCCAUCAGCUGCACACUUACUACCAGCUAGGGCGCGGCAGCAGUGAUGGAUUCAUAGUUCCUCCAAACAAAGAUGGGACCUCUCCGGAGGGAAGUUCAAAAGGACCUGCUCACUUGGUCACUAGUCUAUAGAAGAUGACACAGAAAUUUAAAACAACAAAACUGCUAACACCUUGUUGACUGUUCUGAGUUGAUAUAAGCAGUGGUAAUAAUGUGUGUACUCCUAAAUCUUUAUGCUGUUCUCAAAAGACAAACAAAAACUCUUUGACUUUUUCUUUUUCUUUUUUUUUUUUAAACUGGGAUUUUUAGGUCAGCCCAGGGGAGAAGGAUAACUGCUGAAAUCCCCCUGUGCCCUUUCCUUUCUUGUCCUUUCCCCCCCCCUCAGAUGGAGACUUCAUUAUGUUAAUGAACGAGAUAUGAAGAAAAUGGCGCUCAUUGUGGCCUUGUUGAAUUAUGUUGUGUUUGUUUUAACAUCUCUGAUGCUCUGUUACUAUAAUUACAAGGACCUUAUUUUUGAAAGGCCAGAACAAUUGUUUGAAAUUAGUAACAAUGCUGCAUCUAGAUUGGAGUGCUGCACAAACAAACAUAAAAGUGAAGCAAAACUGUAUCACAUAGUGGUUUAUGGUCACUCACCACCUGUUCACCACAGCAGGAAUAGCUGUGGAAAACAAAACAACAAAAUUAAUAAUGAAAUGGAGGGGAAUUCUAGAAUUAUAUGCUAAAUGCAUAUUUUAUGAUUUGCUGUAUUAACUGAUGAUAAAACUAAUGGCAGAAAAAAUUGAACAAUUUCUAUGUAAUGUACAGAUACUAGCAUUGCACAUAUAGUCUGCUUUCUGUUCCUCCAGAAUUUGAGUCCUGUUAAUGUAGUGGGAAAAAAAAAGAAAUUUUCUUUUUCUUUUGUGCUAGUCUUGCAAGUUUGUCUACCAGUAAAAAAAAUGAAAAAAAAAAAGAAAAAAAAAGCAAAGUUUCCUCCUUUUUUUUCCUUCCUUUCUUCAUUUUCUUUUUCUUUGCCUCCCCCCCCCCACUUGUUUUCUUUAAAACUUCACCUGGGAAAUAAAUAAAUAAAUAAAACUAUCACUUUAUAAGAAUCAUUUUCUAGUAAUGCAAACAAAUUAUUUUUUACAAAAAAGAAAAGAAAAUAAAUAAAAUUAGAUUUCCUUCCCUCACUAUAUAUCUUUAUCCAGCCAGAAGAUUUCCAACAGCAUUUUUGCAAAUUAGAGCAGGAUGAACUUUCAUGUUUACAGGGCACAUCUGUUGUAAUGCAAAGCAUAUUUGGCAAGCAGUUCAUCACCAAGACAGUAGCUAUGAUUCUAGAAGUCAAGAGGUGUCUAUAGGACUAGUGGGGCUUCUGCAUGUGAAAAACGGUAUUUCAUAGACGAUAAAGUGCUGAAUGCUCAGUCUGGCCCCCAAGCGGGCACCUGCACUACCAAGUUUUAGAGGAAAUUCAUUCCCUGGUAAUAAGAAUUGAAAGGUCAAAUAAUUUUGAAGUGAUUUUUUUUAAGUCUUCUGUUUAUUAACAGGAAAAUUUAUUUAUUUGACAGGAUUUUAAGUAAUGUAGGAUACAAGAGGUAAAUUAGCAGCACAUAUAAUUUUUUUUUAAAAUUUAUGAUCCAUUUUGUAUGGUCUCAAAGUUGGAUGACCUCAUUACUAAUAUUUGUUGUAAAAGUGAAACUUGUUUGCCAACCAAUAAACAACUGAUUGAGAUUUAGAAGAUAUUGUAUUGAUGUAUGUACUAUAUUAUUAAUUUUCCUUUUUAUUUUUCUCGCCUUUCUUUCCCUCUAUUUUCAGUAUAUAAACUUUGCUAACCCUCUGUGACCCACAUAAGCCAUGAAAAAGAAAUCAGUCUGACUCAACAAAUAACCUAAGCACAAAAUGAUAAUCAGUUUUGCAGACAAAGUCAACCAGAAAAUGGGAUGGACAUCUUUAUGUUGUCUAAAACAAGAUGCAUUACUUACACUCAAGCAGGUUAACAUAUAGGUUACUGUAUGCCUAUUUAUAAACCCGCUGUAGUUACUAUGCUUAUUUUAAUAAACAGAUGCAAUCAGAGAUUCAAAUAUCAAAUUACAACAGAAUCAUUAUUCCUCUUUCAUAAGCUCCAUUUUGAUAAAGAAAGAAAUUUAAAUUUAUUCCAUUGGCUAAAAGCUGCAAGAAUCAUGGCAAAGAAAACAACAUUUUUAAAGGGCACUAUAAACCAUUUUUUUGUGCCAUUUUUUCUUGUUAUAAAGGAGGAGAGAGGAGGGGAAAAUAAAUCCUUUCAAAGAAACUUUCUUGAUCUUCGAUUACUCCAGAUCCUUUUCCAGCAGUAUUCAACCAUGGAGUUCUUUCUAAGCAAAACUACGAUGAACUUGCCAAUUCAUAAUUUCUCUUGUUCUAUGCCUUGGGAUUUUAUUUUUCAAAAAUCUACAUGCCAUCCACCUAUAAAUGAUUGUCUUAAAUCAAAAUGAUAAAGAAUAGUGUAGAGAAUGGCCAGUAAUCCAUACAUAGUCAUAAAAUAUAUGACAAAAAAAAGUUGUACUGGUCAGAGUACAUCUUAACUGUUUUAUCACCAUAAAAUAUCUUAUGUCUCAUUUCUUUUUAGUCAAUUAAUAUAAAUGUUUCCUUAAAUUGGAGGAGUACCACAGGCUUCAGCAGUAAUGAGGUUUCCCUAACACCACACAGUGGCCAUAUUAGCACCUGAAAGGUGUUUAACUCACUUGAUGCCUAGAUUAUAUGUGGCCAGAAAAGAACCCUUCUUUAACAUGUAAAACAUAGCUCCAAAAACACACAUGUUGACUGUGGAUUGUGAACACUUAAGCUUGUUGUGACAAACAGUAAUCUGUAUGGAAGCAUUUCUAAGUAAGAAGCUGGAUUCACAGAACAAUGGGGAGACUACCUCAAUUCAGCUUGCUGAUUUUCUGAUAUUGCUACCUCCUUGCUUGUGAUCUUUUUGUGUUUUAUUAUAUGGAAAUUUGAAGCAGGAAACCUGCCCAGCUCUGCAUAGACCAAGUGGAAGAAAGAUCACUUGGAACACCUUAACUGGUACAGAAGUCUAUGCAGUAUAAUAGGUUAAUACCAAGCUCUUGCAUCAAGAUGAAAGUGUGAGAUUUUUUUUUUAACCUCUCCUCCAUCAAAAUUGGUGUGCUUUCAGAGAGAAUUAAGUUCCCAAAGAUUUUGACAGGAAGAGAUUGUUCCUCCGAAUUUGAUGUGACUAUUAAUGAAAACAGUGGAUAAAGUAGUUAAUUGCACAUGUAUUUCAAUAGAAAUUUGCAUAAAAUGUUAUUCAUUUAGUCCUAUGUACACUAGCAAGGGUUGAAUUCCUGAACUUCAAUUUUCCCCUCAAAUGCCUUUUUCAAGCAAAGCUACUGAUGAACUAAUAAUUUAAUUUUUUUCUUUUUUUCUAUCACCUUUAUUGACUCUGUUUUCCCAAUAUUUUAUGAAAUUCAUGAUUUACUUAUCUGAAUAUUUUCAAUGUAGUUGGUUUUCCAUUAAGAAGUAAAUUUCCAUUCAACAUACAUAAUGUAUGUGCAUAGCACAUUAUUUAGCCAGCUGAAAUUAAAUCUAAGUAUUGCUUCCUAGUAAAAUAAUAUUUUGUAAUGUUUUAUUUGAAUUUUAUUUUUUCUUUGAAAUCUAAUUCAUAUGAUGGUUUUAUCAGGACACUAGCUAAUGGUCCUCAUGUUUAAUUGAUUUUGAAACUAAUGGACUGUUCUACAGCAUAUUCCUAAAUGAUAAUAUUUAUGAUGAAACCCAAAUUUGGGGAAGAAGAAAUAGAUUAAAAUUUCAGUUAAAUUUUAUGAGCAUCCCUCCUUGUUUCCAUUCUAUUAAAAUUGAACUACUGGAGUUGAAUGAUAAAAAAAUAUGCUAAAAUUAUCAUAAUGACAAAACAACUGGCAUGAGAACAAUUUUCAUAAAAGGAAAAAUAAUAAGGAAACUAUAUUAACCAAAAGCAAAUAAUAGAAAUCCCCUUAACUUCCUGUAAAAAAUUCACAAUGACUCUAAAUUGAAAGUUUAUGAUCUGUAUUUUUAAGAUUCCCAAUAUGAAAAUAUUGACAUUGAAAUGAUCUUUAAAUUUAGAUAUUUAAAUUUUAAUAUUAGCUUAGUUGAUGUGAUAAAAUUUUUCAUAAUAAUGGAGCAUAUAAAGGAAUUGGUAACAUUUAUAAAGAUCCAUAUAAUUAAUUUUAGGCAAUAUCUUCAGCUAUAUGUGUUCAAUUCACUGACUAGUUUAAAGAUCAAUAUCAAAAACUUUUGUGACUGACUUUCUGCAUUACUGUAUAGACCAAAAGAAAAGAGGAAAAACAAUGUCUUGAGUUGUCUAAAGAUCAAUUCUGAACUAAACUAUUGUCAUCAUCUAUUAAUGAAAGAAUAUUUGUUAAAUUGUUCAUUAGUACUGUAUCAAAGUGCUACUAUUUAGAAUGUUUUUGAAAACAAAAUAAAACACUGUUGAACUACAAAUGCAUGUCAAUUCAACCUCAGCGAAUGAAAAACUAAAACAAAAUUUUAAUCUGGUUUUGAGCAAAUACGAGGAUACUGGUAUGAAUGGCCUUUAACAAACAUACUGAGAUAAAAUAGCAAUAUGUAUGAACUUUCCAGUGUACUACGUAGCCCAAGGUAUUAAGAUAUAAUUAGUUUAUUUUUAGCAAUUCAUAAAACUCAUCAUGUCAUUGUUAUGCAUUCCUAAAUAAUACAUUACAUCUCAUAUUAGAUUUCUGCACAUUGAAAUGUUAGAAAGGUGGAGGCCCAAAUGCAAAGCAGCAUAAGAAUAGCUUAUGGAAGUGUUUCUGUGCAAAUUAAUUCUACAUAAGAGCUCUUCUUUGAGCUCAUAAAAUAGAUUCAAGAGAAUACAAGAGUACGUUCAAUUUUGUAAUAAGAAGAUACGUCUAUAUCAAACCAUCUGAAAAAUAUUAUUAGACAUCUAACUAUAUUAUAUAUAUAUAUAUAUCUCCUAGAAAUGAAAAUGUUGAUAAUUGUUUCUUUCUUGUUCAGCCAUAAGACAAAAUUCUAUUUACUACUUUACUGUGAUCACAUCCUCUUUGCUUUAAAAGGAAAACCAGUCUUUAACGUUCACCUGUACACAUACUUACAAAUCAUAAUUCCUUUUAUUUAACUUUCAGAGAAAAUGAAUCACAAUUAUUGCAAACUUUGUGAUUUUUAUAAUAAGACAGGUGGUUAAUAUAGUUUUACAUAUUCUCAUUUGACAUAUUUAUUUUUAUUCUUUUAAAAAAUUGUUUAAAGUCAGCACUUCUUUAACAUCUAGCACCUUUAAGUUAAAUGUCUUGAUAUCAACUAUUUGGAUAUUUCUUUCUCUUAAUAGUGUUAUCUGCAAUUUUUUCAUUGAUAACUUGUGCCUCUUUAGAGUAUGUCAAAAGUAAACAGCAAACCAUUAUUCAUGUGAAAAAGCAGGAGACUGCAUAUAAAAAUGACUUCUGUUGUGAUAAACAACACUUUUCAACUACAAUAUGAACAGAUGAAUAGAACCAAGUUGCCAAGACCUAAUUUAGGUGAUAAGACCUAAAUGAGAAUUAUACAGAAAAGGCUUUAGAAAAAAUAACAAAAUCAUAUAUCUUGAUAAAAAUGUUAUAUACUAUACCAAAUGCUGAUUUGUUCAGAAAACAUUAAAUUGGAGUUUACCAUAUUAUAAUUUCAUCCUGCUAAUUCCACAGAAAACACUACAUAUUUCUAGCACUAUUUAGAUAUUUCGUGUCUAGCUAAACCUAAAAAAAAUAUAUAAAUGUUUAAAAAAUAUAAGUAUUUUGCCUCAAUUCACCUUCAUUUUCUAAUCUGCCGACUCAAUAGUACAGCAACACAGUUGAUGCUACUAGUAGGUUUGUACCUUUUAGAGCUUUAUUAUGAAUCUAAUAAGCAUUAAAUUAAUAUUGAAAUUAUGUAUGUUGUACAAAGUAACUCAUAAUCAAGCAAUAUUCAUAUUAAAGGAUAAUUCAUUAUACAUAUGAAUAUUACAUUAAGGCUGAAAAAAUAAAUAUACUACUGGAAAUUUUACUCUCAAAUCCUCUCUUCAAUUACUACAGUCAAUUGACACAAUUCUGCAGGCAGUUGUGCACAUGGUGGAUUAUUAAAAUACCACAUAAUCCAAAUGCAUCUAAGUGUAUUCAAUGUUCCUUUCAUUCUAAAUGCUAAAGGAAAAACUUGAAAGAAGAGGAAAGUUGACUUCUAAUGAUCUAAUUUAAACAUUGUUAUUCAGAUUGAAUAAUUUUAAAAUGAGAAUGCUACACUAUUUGAUCUGAGGCAGAGGUUACAAAAAAUUUACUUAGGCAAAAAUCAGGAUUUUACAUUUAGAGGAAUUCAGAUGGUCUCAAUUGCCUAAGAUUGCAAAAAUUCACACUCCAUUGGAAAGGAACUAUCUUUAAAAUCUAAGCCUAAAUAUCACUUUUUAAAAUAUAAAAAUUCCUCCGAUUCUUCUGACAGAGGAAAAUGAUCCUGACCCCAAAACGAAAUACAUUGAUUGAUUAACCUCAAAAGGUAUUUGGCAAAAUUAGUGUAUCAACUAUAAUAUCAGGUAGAGAUUGUUGGAAUUGAAACUCAGUAUGCAGUGAGGAGGAUGGUGUCCUCAUGUGCUAACAACUGCCUGAUCCUCUAGAGUGUAUAUUUAAUGCCUUGCAUUUCAAGUUGUCCCAAUGGCUUAAGCUUUGACAUUUUGAAUCAUUUAAAAGUUAUUUGAUAAUAAAAAUUUCCUCUGUCAUUCUAGUAAUAAAAAGUGGUAUGUUUUGAAACA